UGGUGCCAACGUCCUCGAUUGGUUGAGGUUCCUUUGAUACAUCAAAUCCAAUCGGUAACAAUUCUCCAAUCCUUCAUCAAUGGAAAAACCCAAUUCCCUCAUUCCUUCAAUAUCUCCUCAUUCUUCCGCUGAUUUCAAUUCAUUCUUCAUCCAUGUCAACACCCAAAUCUUAUCAUCAUCAUCUUCUUCUUCUUCAUUGCGACACCCCUCAACCAAUCUCAAAUUCGCAUCAACUUCAAUCUCUUUGGAAACCUCCCAAUCUCAAUUCGAUAAAACCCCAUCAAACCGCAACUCUCUAAACUCCACUGCUCGAGGUCGAGGCUCACACAAGACUAUCACUCUUUUCAAGACUCUUUCUGUUUUUGAACGUGCCCUCAUCGGCGCAGGUGCCGGAGGUAUCGCCGGCGCUUUCACCUAUGUCUGUCUCCACCCACUUGACACCAUCAAAACGAAACUACAAACCAAAGGAGCAUCUAAGAUUUACGAGAACACCUUCGAUGCAAUUGUCAAGACUUUUCAAAGCAAGGGAAUUCUAGGGUUUUAUUCAGGCGUGUCGGCUGUGAUUGUAGGGUCAACUGCCUCUUCUGCCAUUUACUUCGGGACCUGUGAGUUUGGUAAAUCUGUGUUGUCUAAAUUGCCGAAUUACCCACCUGUACUAAUCCCCCCAACAGCUGGUGCAAUGGGUAAUUUAAUUUCUUCAGCUAUAAUGGUGCCCAAAGAAUUGAUCACUCAAAGAAUGCAGACAGGGGCAAAAGGGAGAUCUUGGGAGGUUUUGUUAAGGAUUUUGGAGAAAGAUGGCAUUUUGGGUCUUUAUGCAGGUUACUCAGCUACAUUGUUGAGGAACUUGCCUGCUGGGGUUCUGAGUUAUUCCUCUUUUGAGUACUUGAAAGCUGCAGUUUUGAUCAAGACAAAACAAGCCAAUUUGGAGCCACUUCAGAGUGUGUGUUGUGGGGCACUGGCUGGUGGCAUUUCUGCUUCAUUAACCACACCUUUGGAUGUAGUUAAAACCAGGUUGAUGACUCAGGUUCAUUCAGAAGCUGUUGAAAAGAUUGCUUUUAGUGUGUCCGAGACUGUCAAGCAGAUUUUAAAGGAAGAAGGGUGGGUGGGAUUCACACGAGGAAUGGGACCUAGAGUCGUUCAUAGUGCUUGUUUUUCAGCCAUAGGGUAUUUUGCAUUCGAGACGGCUAGGCUUACAAUUUUGCACGAGUAUCUUAGGAGAAAGGAGCUUGAAGACAUUGUCGUUCCCUCUGGAAUUACGAGUUCCACCUAAGUUCUACUGGCUUUCAUGAUAAUUCCUUAUACCCUUUAUGAGUUUAUGUUCCAUUUUUCUAAUUGGUUAUGCCAAGUGUUUUUGUAAGCCUAGGUUCUUUGUUAUGAUUGUACCAAUGUUGUUACCUUUAAUAACUGUAAGCAAUAAGGUUAUGCUCGUUUCGAUCAUAGUAGAACUAUUAUGUUUCUUGAAUGUCUUAAUCAGUUAAGUCAUAGUAUCUUAUUGUAAAAGGGGGUGAAAAA